AUGUCGCUACGUAGAUUAGUUUCCUUCAAGUGUCCGGGAUCUACUACUGCAAACGUACUGGGGAUAGGCACGGAUAUCGUGUACUUGCCACGAUUUGCCAAGUUGGUCAGUGAUGAUGCAUCUGCACGAAAAGCGCGAACAAACAAUCGCAUCUUGGGCAAAUUCAUGCACGCAACUGAGCUUUCAAAACUGCAGUGCAUGCGUCAGAACAACAGACCAGACACAGCACUAGUGCAGUACGUGGCUGGUGUUUGGGCUACCAAAGAAGCUGUCUACAAAUGUUUCGCGUCCAGCUCGAAUACCAGCAUUAUAGAGCUGCCACCUGCAAAAACCAUUUACACACGGUUUUGCUACAAGACUAACGACAGUAAGGGUAUUCCGAAAUUAGUGUUCGAUCAAGAACUGGCUGGUGUCUACCCAGAAUUCGUGAAAGCUUACAUCGACAACACCAAAUUUCUGCUUAGUAUAUCCCACGAUGCGGACUAUCUGGUGAGUUACGUUUGCCAUGUCAGGCAUUAA